GUACACUUUUGGUUGUAGUUAUAGUUCCAAGCCCAGGGGGGGCAGUAGUAAACCGAUUCGGGAAUAACCCUGCAGUAUGGCGCAAAAGAAAAGAAUGAGCGAGCAGAAAGCAAACAGAAGGAGAAGUAAGCAUUAAUUUACACUUCUGUGUUUUUAUCAGGACAUUUAACAGUGGGCGGUGUCAGGAGGAUGGGUGGUGCAGAUGGUCCGGUGGAGCGAGUGGAUGAUGACGACUCUCUGGAUGGGCGGGACAGACAGGAGGACAUCGCCAGGUUCCCAUAUGUGGAGUUCACAGGCAGAGACAGCAUUACCUGUCCCACCUGUCAGGGCUCGGGACGCAUCCCCUCGGAACAGCUGAAUGAGCUGGUAGCCCUGAUUCCCUACAGUGACCAGAGACUGCAGCCGCAAAGGACGAAGCAGUAUGUGGGUCUCUCUGUAAUUGUGUGUUUGUUCAUCUGCUCCCUCAUCACCUUCUUCAUGUUCCCUCGGCCUGUGCUUGUGGAAGAUGGAGGAAUUCGCUCUGUUCUCAUCCAUUUUGAUCACGACACCAGCCGUGUGCUCAUUAACAUGACUAGUGCCCUGAAUUUUAACAAUGGGAACUUCUUCACCGUGUUGGUGGAGAGUGUGAGCAGUCGGGUUCUUUACAUGAAGACGGUCAUCGGCACUCAGCAGCUUGACAACAUCAUCAGCAUCCAACCACUGAGUCAGAGACAGAUGAACUUCACUGUGAGUGUGGAGAUAAGUGGCUCGCUGUCCUACGUUUAUGCUUUCUGUACCAUGGCCAGCAUUAAAGUCCACAACAUCGUGGUGUUCACACAGACGUCUGUAAAAACAGCGUAUGUGGUGCGCAGCGCGCAGAACACACUGGAGGCGUAUCGCUAUAUUGACUGUGGUGCGAAUUCCACCCUUCACCCAUCAGCUGCUCUUCAUCCUGCACCUGCUCUUCACCCGCCACGCGCACUCCGUCUCCACCACAUAAACACACAGCAGCACUGUUAGCAUCAUGCUAUCUUUCGGCUAAUGAUGAGUGUGGCUGAGACACUGAACACUAGGGUUGAGUUCCUGCUGGAUAAAAGCUGCUGCAGUUCCUGUUCUUGUCUCAUCACACACUUCAGGUAGAAAGGGUUUAGCACUUCGCUUUAACAAUUUGUAAUUGUAUAUUUAUAACGUAGGGAUGGUGAUGUUACAAUAAAUGAGGUGUAAAAAGGA